AUGUCGGACGGCCAUGUUCCCGCAUCCGCCGGCGGCGAUGGCGAAAAAGUCCAGCCUGUCGCUUCCGCCUCUGCCUCCGCCUCCGCCGACUCCAGCGUCGUGGCUGCGCCGCAAUUCGCCGCUACGUUUCAGCAGGAGGAUUUCUGGACUCGGUGCGGACUCAGCGGCAAGUCGUUCCAGAAACGCCACUACGGAAGGGGAGUUGUCGAACUGGACCGCGCGAUGAAGACGCGGCAUUUGCACAUGAUUGCUAUUGGCGGCUCCAUCGGUGCUGGUUUCUUUGUCGGCUCUGGCGGCGCCUUGUCCAAGGGUGGCCCUGCUUCCAUCUUGAUCUGCUUCUCCAUUGUCGGCUUCAUGGUCUUCAACGUCGUCUUUGCUCUCGGUGAAUUGGCCGUCAUGUACCCCAUCUCGGGCGGCUUCUACGCCUACGCCACCCGCUUCAUUGACCCGUCGUUUGGCUUCGCCGUCGGCUGGAACUACCUCUUCCUGUGGCUGGUCGUCCUCCCCAUGGAGCUCACCGUAUCCGGCCUCGUCAUACAGUACUGGGACAGGGAAACCAGCGUCGCCGUCUACAUCACCGUCUUCCUGCUGGCCGUCGUCAUCAUCAACAUCUUUGGCAGCAUCGGCUACGCCGAGGAGGAGUUUUGGGCCUCGCUGAUCAAGCUUAUCUCUGUCAUCGUCUUCAUCCUCAUCGCGCUGGUCCUGGUCCUCGGCGGCGGCCCUAAAGACGGUCGCUACGGCGAGUACUGGGGCGCCCGCUACUGGAACGACCCCGGCGCCUUUCGCAACGGUUUCCGCGGCUUCUGCUCUGUCUUCGUCACCGCCGCCUUUUCCUUCACCGGGACCGAACUCGUCGGCUUGGCGGCUGCCGAGACGGCCAACCCCGUCAAGUCGAUGCCCAGCGCCAUCAGGCAAGUGUUUUGGCGCGUCAUCUUGUUCUACGUCCUGGGCUUGUUCUUCGUCGGGCUGCUGGUUCCCGCCGAUGACCCCCGGCUGCUUUCCAGCCAGGCCUACACCGACGUCAAGGCGUCGCCCUGGGUCCUUAUCGGCGCCUACGCUAAGCUUAGCGGCCUGGACCACUUCAUGAACGCCAUCAUUCUUAUUUCCGUUCUGUCCAUUGGGGUCUCGGCCGUCUUUGGUGGCUCCCGCACGCUUACGGCUCUUGCGCAGCACGGCUACGCCCCGAAGCUGUUUACGUAUAUUGACCGAUCCGGACGCCCGCUACCGUCGGUUGUUGUCCUCAUCCUGACCGGACCUCUGGCCUACAUCAACCUCAGUGCUUCAGGACCUACGGUUUUCGAAUGGCUGCAGGCCAUUUCCGGCUUGGCAGUUCUGUUUGCCUGGGGGGCCAUCUGCCUCUCGCACAUCCGCUUCCGCGCUGCAUGGACGCAUCACGGCCACUCCGUCGACGAGAUUCCCUUCCGAGCGGCCUUUGGGGUCUACGGCUCGUGGAUCGGCUUGAUUCUGUGUUUUGUCGUGCUUGUCGCUCAGUUCUUCACUGCCAUUGCCCCUCCUGGGCUGGAUGGACUGACCAACGUGGAGGGCUUCUUCAAGUCGUAUCUAGCCUUCCCUGUCCUGAUUGCCUUUUGGGUCGGUGGCUUCGUGUGGAAGCGCUCUGGGUGGCUGCGCCUAGAUCAGAUUGAUGUCGAUUCUGGCCGACGCGAGCUGGAUUAUGACCAGAUCCGGGCGCACAAGGAGGAACUUCAAGCCAUGCCAACCUGGCGACGGGCCAUGCAUAGACUGUUUUGA